UCGGCCCGGAGCGGGGCGCCAGCAGGGAGCGCUCGCAGCCGCUGCGGCUCCCCCCUUGCCCCGGGAUCUCGCGGAACAAGUCCUGGAAGUCGGGGCAGGCGGUCCGUCCGGGGAGGCAGGACGCUCGCCCUUCACUCGGGCAGUUUCUGCCCUUUGAACUGUCACCUCCCGCGACAGAGCCCAACCCACCUCCCAUCCCACGCCCGCCUGGACUAUGCAGAGAGCGGGACUCCUGUUGAGUGGCUGGACUCAAGCGUGGAAGUCGGUGAGAAUGGCCAGCUCCGGGAUGACUCGCCAGAGCCCACUCGCGAAUAAAGUGGCCCUGGUCACUGCCUCCACCGACGGGAUCGGCUUCGCCAUCGCCCGACGUCUAGCUGAGGAUGGGGCCCACGUAGUCGUCAGCAGCCGCAAGCAGGAGAACGUGGGCCGCGCAGUGGCCACGCUCCAGGGAGAGGGCCUGAGUGUGACUGGCAUCGUGUGCCAUGUGGGGAAGCCAGAGGACCGAGAAAGGCUGGUAACCACGGCCGUGAAGCUUCAUCAAGGGAUUGAUAUCCUGGUCUCCAAUGCUGCUGUCAACCCUUUCUUUGGAAACCUACUGGAUGUCACAGAGGAGGUGUGGGACAAGGUUCUGAGCAUUAAUGUGACGGCUACAGCCAUGUUGAUAAAAGCAGUGGUACCAGAGAUGGAAAGACGAGGAGGUGGCUCGGUGGUGAUCGUGAGUUCCAUAGGAGGCUUCGUUCCAUUUCCUUUCCUAGGCCCUUACAACGUCAGUAAAACGGCUUUGCUGGGUCUCACUAAGAACUACGCCUCGGAGCUGGCCUCCAGGAACAUUAGGGUGAACUGCUUGGCGCCUGGAAUCAUCAAGACCCGUUUCAGCAGUGUGUUAUGGAAGGACGGAUCAAAAGAGGACAUGAUGAAAGAACGCAUGCAAAUUAGAAGGCUAGGCAAACCAGAGGACUGUGCCGGCAUAGUGUCCUUCUUGUGCUCUGAGGAUGCCAGUUACAUCAGUGGCGAGACAGUAGUGGUCGGGGGAGGAACCCCUUCUCGCCUCUGAGGCCCAAGAGAUGGCCUGCCAGGGCAGAGGUUGACUCCAGCUGGUGUGGGGGGAGGGUGCAGUCCACCUGGCGGCUGUCGCCCUUCCUAGCCGCUGCCUAGUGUUUUGUUCAUCCCACAAAUUCAGCUCUACCCGGUGAUAAAUUCCUGCUUUCUCUGUGGUCCAAGUGUGGUCAGAUGAGCAUCCCGCUGUUGCUAUGGCCUGGUGAGAAGACUGUAGCUACCUUGGAUGACGACCAAGCCCCCCUACUCCCCCCCCCCCGUCUCUGGAGAAUUUGAGGGAGAUAGAAGGAGCCUGAAGUGGGAGGAACAGAAAUGGAAAUUAACGAUUUCCAAAUAAAACGAAGAUGAUCGCGUUGCUCUCUCUGA